GCCUAUAAAUACACCCAUUCAUUCCUCAAUCCUCACCACUGUCAUAACCAAGCAAGUUUAAUUUCCUAGCUAGCUAGAUAUAUAUAACUUCUUAUAUUUUACUGAAACUAGUGAUAGUUUGAAUCUUCUGGGAGUUUGGAAUGGCUCAUUAUUCCAGGCUAAUAGGAGCGGCGUUACUGGCUCUGCUCUUCGUGGACCUUGUCUUUGCGGCGAGGGUGGGAAUAACGGGAGGAGGAGGUGGCGGAGGGGGAGGGAAGGGAGGUGGAGGAGGCGGUGGUGGGGGACAGUUGGGGUAUGGUUCGGGAUAUGGGUCUGGGGAAGGCUCGGGGUAUGGUGAAGGUGGUGGUGAUGCGGGGUAUGGGAAGGGUGGAGGCGGUGGGGGAGGUGGUGGUCAAGGAGGAGGCGGCGGGGGAGGCUAUGGAGGGAUAGGUAGUGGUUCUGGAUACGGGUCAGGGUCAGGGGGCGGUGAAGGGUAUGGGUCUGGCGGAGGAAAUGGGAAGGGUGGGGGUGGAGGUGGCGGUGGUGGGCGAGGCGGAGGAGGUGGCGGCGGUGGAGGCUCAGGAAAUGGGUCUGGUUACGGAUCCGGCUACGGGAGUGGCGGCGGUUCUGGAUAUGGAAGCGGCGGAGGAAAAGGCCGUGGAGGUGGCGGAGGAGGCGGCGGCGGUGGCGGCAACGGUUCCGGAUAUGGGAGUGGGUCUGGGUAUGGGUCGGGCUAUGGCUCAGGAUACGGCGGCGGAAACGGUGGCGAUUAAAACUAAUUAAACUACAUACAAAGUAGCGAUAUGAUGAAGAUGGAAUUAAGCAGCUUAUAUUUUUUCUUGAAUUACACGUAUAGUAUGUGUUUCGUACGGAUGGCUGCAUGCAUGCAUGCAGAUUUAAUUAGUUAAUGAAUAAAUUGCAUGGCAAUUGGGAAGCUUCACCACCUUGGAUCACUUGUUCAAGUGACAAUGGUAGUGAACUUUGCAUAUGCCAUAAAUAUAUGUGUAAUGAUCUGAUUAAUACAAUUCUGAUCUGUUUACUUUGUUAA